AUGGGAGGUGGCGGCAGACCUCAAAAUAUCUUCAAACUCAGUCGUGGCGAUGACCCGAAGGAGGUUUUGAAUUGGCGACUAUGGUUUGCAGUUGUCUCAUUUGGUAUCAUGGGUGCUGCAAGAGGCAUCGAUGAAGGCUUGAUCUCUGGAACUCUGAGCAAGACCCACUUCGUCCACCUUCUUGGUCUCGAUCAGAUGAGUAAGGUCGAACUGGCAAAUGUCAAGGGAAAUAUCUCCGCCAUGGUACAAAUUGGUAGCGUUGGUGGAGCGGCAUUGGCAUUCAUUCUCUGCGAUCGCAUAGGUCGAUUGUGGGCUACUCGGCAACUAUGUCUCCUCUGGAUCUUGGGAAUUGUGAUCUUUCUCACAAAUGGCGGAAGACUUGGACAAGUCUAUGCUGGUCGUUUUAUAGCUGGUCUUGGCAUCGGUCAAACAACCGUGGUGGCUCCAGUGUAUCUCUCUGAGAUCGCGCCUAAGUCUGUUCGAGGCCUGUGCACAUGUGCAUUUUCAGGAGCAGUAUAUAUUGGUAUCAUGCUGGCAUACUUUGCGUCUUGGGGAAGUGAGCUGCACAUCCCGAAAGGAACUGUAAAUCAAUGGGUCGUCCCAACCACGAUACAUGUCAUGUUUGCAGGUAUAAUUUUCAUCCUCUCAUUCUUCAACUACGAAUCACCUCGCUACCUGGUCAAGAUCGGACAAGACGACAAAGCCACAACCAACCUUGCUCGUGUUCGAAAUCUCCCUGUCGACGAUAAUCACAUCAUCAAAGAAAUAUCCGAGAUUCAACAACAGCUCCAUGAAGAACAAGAAGCGACACUCGGCCAAGGCUGGCUUGGUAUUCUCAAGGAAAUGUUCCUCAUGCCUAACAACUUUUAUCGCAUCUAUCUGGGUCUCUUCUCUCAGCUACUCUCCCAGUGGUCUGGCGCUCAGAGCAUAACUAUCUAUGCCCCUGAGUUCUUCGCCUUGCUCGGGACCGAGGGUCAGAACGAAAAGCUCUUUGCGACAGCUAUCUUUGGAGUCGUUAAAUUCGUUGCUGCCAUCAUCUGCGCCCUGUUUCUCGUCGAUGUGAUUGGCAGAAAACGAUCAUUGGGCAUCGGAAUCACUUUACAAGCACUGAGUAUGUGUUACAUUGCAAGUUAUCUCACUGCGGUUCCGACACUUGCGGAAGGAGAAGAGUUCACGAGUAGUCAGAAACACGCAAGUACGGGCGCUAUUGUCAUGAUUUACAUUUCGGGCUUCGGAUGGGCGAUGGGUUGGAACUCUAUGCAGUAUCUUCUCAAUGCGGAGAUCUACCCACUGAGAAUUCGGGCAAUCUCGAGCUCAAUGGUUAUGUGUUUCCACUUUGUCAAUCAGUAUGGAAAUAGUAGGGCUGUUCCCAAUAUGCUGUUGGCAAGAUCAGCUGGUGGGCUGGGGCCAGCAGGAACAUUCUGGCUGUUCACUGUCAUUACAAUUAUUGGAGGAAUAUGGGCUUGGUUUUUCAUCCCGGAGACAGCGGGAAGGAGUUUGGAGGGUAUGGAUAGGCUGUUCAUGUUGAGGUGGUGGCAGAUUGGACGGUAUGGACAGAGAGAUGCAGAUGAGCAAAUCGUAGCGGAUGAGAAGCUCGACAGGGAGAAGGAAGAGACACGGGAGACAGUCAAUGAAGUCGAGCGUGUGUAG